AUGGUCCAGAAGCUCAAGAUUGCCGCUGCAGGCCUCGGUCGUAUGGGCGCUCGCCAUGCCAUCAACUUUCUACACCGCACCCCUCGUGCGGAGCUCGUAGCAGCAUUCACACCCGAUCUAAAAGAGCUUGCCUGGGCUAGAGUCAACCUGGAGCCUCAUGGAGUCAAGCUCUACACUGACUACGACGAGAUGAUCAAACAAGAAGGCCUGCAAGCUGUGGUAAUCGCUACCGCUACCUCAGUACACGCGGAGGAAGCUAUAAAGGCCAUGCAUCAAGGCUUACACGUUCUCUGCGAGAAGCCCUUAUCCACAAGUAUCACAGUUUGCAAAAAGGUGUUAGACGAAGCACUCAAGCAUCCUCACCUGAAAGUCAUGUGUGGCUUCUCCCGCCGUUUCGACGAGUCCUACCGUGAUGCAUGGGACAAGAUGGACAGAGGCUUGAUUGGACGACCAACGAUCGUUCGCAGUCAAACCUGCGACAAGCAUGAUCCCAGCGGCUUCUUCGUUGAGUAUGCAGCCUGGUCUGGAGGUGUCUUUGUUGACAUGUCAGUCCACGACAUUGAUCUGGCUCUGUGGUUCUUCGGCGAUGAUGUUCAGGUGAAGAGCGUUUCUGCAUAUGGGGUGCGAGCAGUGCAGCCUGAACUGGCCAAAUACAACGAUUAUGACAACGCCAUGGGCAUUGUCGAGUUCUGGAACGGCAGAGUCGCAAAUUUCUAUUGCUCGAGAAUGAUGGCGCACGGCCAAGAGGAUGUGACCGAGAUCAUUGGUACCAAAGGAAAGUUGACUGUCAACGGCAAUCCUCAGAAGAACUUCGUCAACUACUAUGGCCCGCAGGGCGUAACUAGAGAAGUCCCAGCUCACUAUUAUGGCAGAUUCGAACAGGCCUUUGUAGGAGAAGCCAACGAGUUUGCCGCUGCUUGUCUGGACAACGCUGCACUUCCUUUGAAGUUACGCAAUGCAGUUAGAGCGGUCGAAAUUGGCGCUCUUUUGCAAGAAGCUCUGGUCAAGGGCGUUCAGAUCCGUCUGGACGAGGCAGGACAGCGUGUCCCAGAUGCUUCAGCAUCCAAACUAUAG